AUGGAUGUUGGUAAUUACGUUUUUUAUUCUUGCAUAGGCAAAGCGUAUAAUGGAUCUGCAGAUGUGGUUUUGUCCAAACGCAAGAAUUGUUCCGAAUUGUUCGCCACUCGGACGUACUUUUUGGAUGACGACGCCAUCGACACGGAGGAGCUAAAACAUGAAUUGAAUGUCAUGCGCCAGCUGUCACACAACAACAUUUUGAAGGUGAUCGAAUGCUUCACAAUCGACAGUCGCCUGUUUGUCGUCACGCAGCUGAUGAAUUAUGGUUCAGUGGCGGACAUGUUGCGCUUUCGAUUCACGUUCGGUUUGCCCGAACUGAUGAUCGCAUUCAUUUUGCACGAAGUUUUGAAAGCGAUAAGGUAUCUUCACGAUCGCGAAGUCGUCCAUAGAAGCAUCCGAUGCAGCCACGUUCUACUCUCAUCUGAUAAGUCUGUAAAGUUGUCUGGCUUACGGUGGGCAACCUCUUGCUUGCAGCAUGGACGCAGGGUGAAGCCGUUGUAUGAAUUUUCGCCCAGUUUCAAGCCGAAUCUGUUGUGGCUGGCUCCAGAAAAACUAACCGGUUACGGUUACAAAUCUGACAUUUACAGUCUGGGAAUUUGUGCCUGCGAAAUGGCGAAUGGCUUUGCUCCGUUUUCUGACGUGGAUUGUCUUCAAGUAUGGCUACCAGUCUGA